AUGGCACCUGAAGGCACAGACAAUUUUACUGCUCUGCCAGGCCACACAGACCCUUUGACAAGUUGCAAGGAUGAAGAUUUCUUACAGGUGAAAUCAUACCUCUCUGUCCUUUACAGCCUAAUCUUCCUGGUGUGCUUCCCAGGGAACAUUGUGGCCAUUUUUGUUUAUUUUGUCAAGAUGAGGCCCUGGAAAAGCAGCACCAUCAUUAUGCUAAACCUGGCUAUCACUGACCUACUGUAUGUAGCUACUCUUCCUUUCUUUAUACACUACUCUGCUAAUGGAAAUAACUGGAUUUUUGGAGACUUCAUGUGCAAGUUUAUUCACUUUGGUUUCUACUUCAACAUGUACAGUGGUAUUAUCUUCCUUAGCUGCUUCAGCAUCUUCCGCUUUUUUGUAGUCGUCCACCCAAUUAGAUGCGUUUUUGUUCAAAAACGGAGGUGGGCAGUGGUGACUUGCAUAGUAGUUUGGAUGAUUUCCCUGGCAGCCAUCAGCCCCUUGGGCAUCUUGAUCGCCACGAAGCACAUGGAGAACAGGACCAUCUGCCCAGACCUGUCUUCUGCUGAGGACUUUGACACUAGUCGGUGGUAUAACUGGCUGCUGACAAUGUUUGGUUUCUUCUUGCCCCUGCUGACAGUGACUCUGUGCUAUGUGCUCAUUAUUUACACCUUGGCUACGGGGCCCCACACACAGACUUGCUACAAACAGAAGGCUCGCAGACUCGCCAUCGUCCUCUUGGUGGUCUUCUACGUGUGUUUCCCCUUCCACAUCUUUCGGGGGAUUCGGAUCGAGCUCCGAGUACAAGCAGCUAGCUGCCACUUCAAGAACAUGAUCCUUUUUAUGCUCAUUCUAGCUAAACCUCUAGCAGCACUAAAUACGUUUGGAAACUUACUGCUCUAUGUAGUGACAGGAGACAACUUCCAGCAGGCGAUCCUCUCACUCCUCAAGUUUUGGACACACAAGAACCUGAAAUAG